AUGACGAAAUCUAGUAAACGCCCAACCUCACUUUUCCAUUUUUGGCCAGACCGUGCCAGACAUUGGUCUCACCCCAAUAUCAAGCAUCGACAUCUGGUCUUUGCCAGCUCUGUGUCCACACAUCGCGACUACGCAUGGCUUUUUGACCUUUUCGCUCGUUUUUUGGUCACACUGCUACUGGUCACGGAUAUUUACCCUCCCCUCUUGCUUCAGCUGCACUCUUGGAUUGCCGAUUGGGACCCCUUUUCAACUUCGACAGUUCAGCGCCCCGCUGCACGCCUUGCUCGUCCGAUAGCCGCAUUCCCAACUGGUGUGCCAGGCCUGGACGCCAUGGGGUUUGGAGAUUUUGACGCGAUAUGCCGGAAGGCGGCGUUGCCGCUAUGCUCUCUCGUUGGACCGAAGACGGGAUUCGCAGGGACAAGAGGAAUACUACCGAACUGUUAUGCGAGAAGCAUCGAGGUUGCCAACACAAUUAUUUUCCAGGGCGCGGCAGGAAUAAUACAUAUCAUGGCUUUGGGAAUGGCAGUGGUUAUGAUCAUUCAUAUCCGAUCGAAGUUUACUGCAGUCGGCCGAAAGGAAAUCAUAACGUCCUUCUACCUUUAUAUGGCUCUCACCGUCUGCUCGCUUGUACUUGAUACGGGGGUAACUCCUCCAGGCAGUGCAGCUAUGCCUUACUUUGCUGCGGUACAAAAUGGUCUGACGUCCGCGAUGUGUACGAGUCUUUUGAUCAACGGCUUUGUUGGAUUCCAGUUAUAUGAAGAUGGCACUGCCCUUUCGGUAUGGUUGUUGCGGUUCUCCUCCUUGGGAAUGGGCUUAGUGUCUGGAGCGAUAUCUCUCUUGACCUUCCAAGGAUGGGCAGGUCUUUCCCCGACGAAUACUGUUGCCAUGUUCGUGGUUCUGUAUGUGUUGAACGCCUUGUGUUUGGCCAUAUACGUGAUUAUGCAGAUUAUUCUCGUCGUCAAUACUCUCCAAGAUCGCUGGCCUUUGGGACACAUUACGUUUGGUGUCUUCUUCUUCGUUGCUGGACAAGUCAUUUUAUACGUGUUUAGCGACACGGUCUGCGAGGGUGUUCAACAUUACCUAGAUGGAUUGUUCUUCGUUACUUUCUGCAAUCUGCUCUCUGUCAUGAUGAUCUAUAAGUACUGGGACUCCAUCACCAAGGAAGAUCUCGAGUUCUCUGUUGGUCUCAAACAGAACAACUGGGAAGUGAAAGAGCUUUUACCCGAAGAAGAACGCCGGGCCACCUUUUAUGUUGACACCAACUCGGAGUAUGCUGGCAGCAUGUACCACAACCGAAGCUCGGCACAUGGUGGCCAUUCAGCUUAUUAG